AUGAUUUCCAGCACUGCCGUCAUGGCAUUUGAAUGGACAAUCCUCGUCCUCGCGUAUGUCCUUGUCGCCUGUCGUGUCUAUGUCCGCAUAUUCCUCCGAGGCGUUGGCUUACACGCAGCCGACUACUGGUUGAUCGUCGGCUUGAUAUCCUGCCAGGGUCUCCUUAUCUGCGAUACCCUGACAUUCCGGAUGCAUGCCAUGGAUGACUUUGUACUUGCGAGUAACAGUAUACCUAUCAAAAAGAUCCGAUUCGCGACGAACUACUUCUUUGACGUGGGCAUUUACUUUCCAAAGUUUAGUAUCAUCGCCUUUUACUUUAAUCUCGUGCCUGUUACAAAUCCUAUGAUGAGGCGUUUACUUUUUGCCUUGACUGGUAUAACGGUGGCCUUUGCGUUUAUCACCAUCCUUUGUGAUACUUUCUGGUGUGGGCCUAACCCUUCACUUAACUGGGCGGAAGGUGAUCAGAAGUGCACGGUUUUCACGUCGAUGACUCUCAUGAGGUUGAACUGGUCUUUGAACUUUAUAACGGAAGUCCUCAAUCUCGUAUUCCCUAUUCCGCUGUUGCAAGGCCUGAUGACAUCAACACGAAAGAAGAUCGGACUAGCUGUCGUCUUCGGGAUGGGUAUCAUCACCAUCGCUGUCAGUAUUGGCAGAUUUGCCACAAUGCUCUACGUCAGCAAUGACAUAUCCAUCUAUAUCUGGGCCACAGCCGAAAUCUGCAUCUCUGUCAUGAUCGUCGCCCUAACAGCUCUCCGACCUCUCCUCCGAAAGAUGACCAACUCGAUGUCCACGAGCAGUGACGAUCGCUCAAGGAAUCCGUCCAGGAAAACAGGAUUAACAAGAGGUUCGAUGUAUUGGCCGGGAGGAAACAAGAUACCCCGGAGACAUGUCGUUGAAGUGGGCUCAGAGAGUCUAGCGGGCAGCGAGACGGAGUUGAAUAAUAUGAAUCGGGGGAUUAUGAUGACAAAACAAGUCACUGUGUCGAUUGCUAAAGCGGAAUCGGACGUGGAAAGUAGUCGAUAA